CCCAAUUUUCAAUUGCAAAACCCCAACGACAACAAACCCGACCGACACUCGAUCAACGUCACCAAACCACACGAGCCAUCAUGUCGAACCGCGUGGUCUAUCGUCGGCGGAACCCGUACAACACCAAGAGCCAGCGCACCCGCAUGGUGCGCACUCCUGGCGGCGACCUCCGACUCCUCCACAUCAGCAAGAAGGCCAGCCGUCCGAAGUGCGGCGACUGCGGCUCUGCCCUCCCCGGCAUCCCGGCCAAGCGCCCCCGCGAAUACGCCCAACUCUCGAAGCCCAAGAAGACAGUGUCAAGAGCGUACGGUGGCUCCCGGUGUGGCGGAUGCACGCGCGAUCGGAUUGUGCGCGCCUUCCUUAUCUGCGAACAGAAGAUCGUCAAGGCGGUGUUGAAGGAACAGCAAUCGAAAUAGGCACUGGUCGAGGGUUAUUACGAUGGGGGAUCACGAUGGGGAAUAACGUCUGGAGGGCUCGGAUUGAGAGACCUGACAUGUUCAUGGAUUCCAUAGGCAAAGGCUUGGGAAACGGGAGGCCCGACCUGGAGUUUUCUUCUGCAAACGCCCUGCAAUAAGACACAAAUAAAACCCACCAACCACUGUCCCC